AAACAGUACGGUGCGAAUCGAGCUAUCGUCGACGUCGAAGCUGUCAAACAUGGCGAGAAUGUCGAUCUUGAAUGGUGGUCAAAAAUGUGAAUAGGAGGUUCGCUUUCGUGGUGAGAUUGGUGAAUCUCGGGUAUUCUCGUCGUCGGCAGAGGCCGGCGAGAGAUGCGAUCGGGAGUUAAACUGUCAGGCCGAAAGUGAAUGUGCCGAGUGAACGGCCCCGGCAGUUUUGCGGCCGGGAUUAAUCUAAGGGCAUGCCAAUUCGGGAACUAUGGGUGCUCAACAGACUAAGGAGAGAAUUGUUCCUGUCGGCUCUGCCGCGCGACAAACACGCAAACAGCCUAGGAACCUCAAGGAGUCCCGUCUUGUCGGCUCUAAUAUAUUUACAGAGCACAGUGAAGCUCUUCUACAAAGCAGACCGCUACCUCACAUUCCGGCAUUACCAGACGGUGAUCCACCAAACGGGUCCAGCAUUCAGUCAAUUUCACAGCAAGUGAAUAUUCAACAACAUACUGUGGUAUCUUCUGCUGGACUUCUGGAGGCUGCGAACAGGUGGACAAGUAAAGAAAACUUAUUGGCACAGGAAGAAGAUGAUCCUCAAUUAUUUGUGGCUUUAUAUGAUUUUCAAGCAGGUGGAGAAAAUCAGCUCAGUCUUAAAAAAGAAGUUGAAAAGCAGUUGCAAGGAGGAGGAGAAAUUCCUUUGCUUUCAUACAAAAAAUCUCAGACUGGUAGCACUGGAAAUAUCCACGGGCUCGUUCUAGUCUCUGAACCAUUACCUUCUUCAGAUACUACCAGUUCAGUAACGAAAUUGAGCACAUUCACUGGUGGUAUAUCAAGUAAAAACAAUAGCAGUAUCGUGCAAAUGAGACGUUCUACAAAUAAAAAGGGAAAACAGGCUCCGGCCCCUCCGAAAAGAACGAGCUUGCUGUCGUCGUGCAGUUCGUUCCGCGACUCUGCCUAUCAUGAGCAAGAUUCUCAAAACACUGAAACAAACACCAUGAUACUCGACGAUGCCACGGAUCUAAAUGGUAUUGAUAAGAUUCUCGAAGGUAUUGCGCGAGAUCUCGCGACAAUGGCUCAAGGAACAAUUGCUGCAGGAGGCUGUGAAAUCGAGGAGGAUGGAGAGGGUUCUCAAGGUACGGCGGAACCAAAUUUUAUCACUCAACCUUCAACAUCUCCGGAACCUAUACCUGGCUUGACCUGUUCUCAAAAACAAAUUAAACCAAGACCUUAUCCAUCAAAAGAACCACUACCACAAAAGCUGGUACAAGUUGGUGCAUUAGAAGUACAAAACGUGAAGAGAGCUAUUAAUCGUUACGGUACAUUACCAAAAGGUGCUAGAAUUGGCGCGUAUCUAGAAUCUCUACGUCAGAGUGGUAUGCCAUCGAAUCAGGAAUCAACGACAGUGGCUUCUUCUAUGACAUCUGGUACAGUGGAACAACAUGAAGCGUCUAUCGAUAAUUCACAACAUAGAUCGCUUUCUCCUCGUCAAAGUAAUUUACGAAGUCAGCCUCAAAUGACUCGUAGUAAUUCGUCAAGCGGUGUUGUUAAUACUUAUCAACCUCCAAAUUCUCCUCGUGGCCGAGUAGUAGCUGUAAGAAAGAGCAAUCAGUCUGAUGCUGUUGGUUUAAGAACUUUUCGGGUUUCAAGUAAUUCUAAUUUCCGUACUGCGAGUCCAUCGAGAUCCGUUCAACCGUCGUUAGCUGACUUGGAGUUUCCUCCUCCGCCCACAGAUUUACCUCCUCCGCCAGAUGAAAUUUUUUCCGGGCAAGAGCAGACCGAACUUCCACCACCUAUUUCUUGCAGUGAAAUUUCUCAAAUAAGAAACUCUCCUUUAUCCAUAAGAAAAGCAAAGAGUACAGACUGGCGUUCAAAGGAAGACGAAAAUGAGCAACAAGAGGAUAGAAAUGACGUUAGUAACGCAGAACCGUCUGUAAAAGAAGCGUGUUCGAGGUUCGGAGUGAAUUUGAGACGCAGAGAAAUUCAAGACAACUCGUGUAGAACUACCGAUAAUAAAAGGACAGGUUUUAAAUCCAGGAUAGAAACAAUUGAACCUGCUGCGCCACCAGAAGAAGCACCACCACCUCCUCCGCCACCUCCACCGCCAGUUUCUACAAAUGCACCCCCUGAUAGUUUCGAACGCAAACCUGGAAUGAAAGAGAUGUUGGAACUGAAACUGAUAAAUGAAAUUAAACAGAGUGCAGAAACGAAGCAUGGUACAGUUGGGAAGAAAGCUGGAAUAACAAGCAGCACUCCAUCCGCCCUCUUGGAUCCAGCAUCACAGUUACUUUCGGAACUAUGUGCUAGUUUUAACAUGGAUUCUGGACAGAGACACGCUCAAAAUGAGUAUGCUGUAUCAACUUUGAAAACCAACGAAGCAACUCAAGAACAGCAGCAACACCAAAUUCACAAUACUUAUAAGGAUUCGUGCGUAUCUUCUCCGGUGACUGAGUCUAUACUCUCAAGCGGAAGUGUCGGUUUCAAGUUGAAAAGAGUAGACAAGCGAAACAAUCCACAAAAAGAAGAGACAUCUGAUGGACAGAUAAUCGAUUUCAAGGCGAGACUUCGAAAAGUUGAGAAUGCAGAGAAGGAAAAAUCCUUGGAGGAGAAAAGCACCGUCACUGAACAGUCUUCAGAAUCGGAAGAACAACAAGAUGACAAACGUAGAAGCACUGGUAGUAUCAGCAGUUUAAAGAAGCUUUGGGAGAAUAAAGAAUCCUGUGAUAGUCAGCCUCACAGUCCAAAACUCAGUGUCAGAGGAAGUAGUGGUAAACAAGAAACUGUUGACCAGACAGAGGAUUCGCCUGAAGAUCAUAGUGGAGCCUCGACCCGUAGUCAGAGUUCUGGCAGCAAAAGUGAUACUAGACUCUGGCCACCAUCUGAACCAGAAAAACCAGUUGUUCCUGCAAAACCACUAAAACCAUUGUGUUCGUCAAUUAAACAUUUUGGUUCUUCAAUUUACGCAACGCCAAAUUGUACGAAGUCUCAACAUGCAGAAGAUGAUCUAAGCAAGCAGAAUACAGACUCAAGAACCGCCAAGCAGAUCGUACUGGAGCUUUCAACGUUAAUCGAGAACAGCGUGUUAAAUUUGAAAAGUAGCUCAACGAUAGUAAUGACUAGCUGGCUCCAGCUUUCAGAUAAGGUAGGGCUGUUGCACGGAAUGUGCGCUAAUCUUGCAGACAGUGGCAUCGCACCGCACGCACGGUUUCAGUUUCGCGAUCUUCUUGCAAGAUUAGAGCUUCAGGCACGACAACUUCGUGCAGCUGGUACUAGAAAUGUCGCAGAGAAUACAAGACUUCUCACUGAUCUUCAAAACACGAUAAAAGAUGUUGUCAAUACCAUUUUAAAAGGUUUCGUUGCAAUGAUUUUCCUAGCAACACUUUCAUAUAAUUUUGCUCUUAGAGAGAGUACGCGAAGUCAAGAAUAUUUUAGAUCAAGGCCUCAAGUCGAAUACGGCCUCAAUCAAAUACUGGUUUUGAUGGAAAAGCAAGAAAAAAAAAUCUAA